AUGGAUCAAUUGGAUUAGAAAUAGUUAGAAUAGCUUAAAUAAUAAUAAGCAUAGAAGGAACAAAUGGAGGAAGUCAAAAAGUCUAUUUUGACCCAAAUAUUGACUCCUGAAGCAAAGCAAAGAUUGGCAAAUAUCAAAUUGGUUAAACCAGAGAAGGCAGAGUUAAUCGAAGUCUAACUUUGUUAAUGGGCCAAACAAGGGAAGAUUACAAAUCAACUUUCUGAGGAUGAAUUGAUAAAAUUACUAGAAGCAGCAGAAGGAUAGAAAAAACAAGAAACAAAAGUUACUUUUAAGAGAAGAAAAUUGUCUAGUGAUGAUGAAGAUGACAUAUGA